AUGUUGCCAAGUUCUAGAGGUAUGCAGACGAAGCCAGGCCCCAAGCGUUUGAGACAGUCGCGCUUUACCGUUUUUCAAGGGUCCAAAUUGAAAGUUCCUCGCUCAAAAUUUCAUAUGGCACACGAACAUGGGGAGCUGGAAAGUCUCGUGGGAGUUCAUAGCUUUGCACAAAUACCAACAAGGGGCAGAAAAUGGUGGAAACACUGGGGCCAAUUAGUUGAGACGUUUUGUGCGGCCUCAGAGGCUCGUGAGAACCGAUUAACUUCUAAAAGUCAAUCAAGAAUUGCAUACGAGUUGGAUGAAAUCAAGGAAGUGCGACGGUCGAAAAGUACGGAAACCCGAGCUGCCCUGGAGCUAAUGGAAUGUGUUAAUACCGCAUUGAGUGCACCUCACGACGAAAACAGUUUCUGGAGUGGGGUAAGCGAAUCAGAGUACGAAGCUUCAACAGGCAAAGCCUUUGUAUAUGUAAGGCGAGAUCGUGCAAUUGGAAUUGUCACAGUUGAGUGUCUCAAUUUGAGUGCUAAGCGAGGACGUUGGAUGCUUACAAAUGGUUGCACAUUGGUGCCGAACGUUUGUCCCGUUGUAAAAUUGGGCAUUUCUCGCAUUUGGGUUUGCCAAACGGCCCGUGGCCAAGGUAUAGCGGCAAAGCUUUUAGAAGCAGCCAGGAAAUUCACACUUCCAGAUCAGAAGAUAGCCAAAUGGGAAAUGGCGUGGAGUCAACCAAGCGAAAGUGGCCUAAAAUUGGCAACCAAGUACAAUAGCGUGCGACAUGAGAAGAGUGGGCAAAUGCUGAUUCCAUGUUACAUAUAA